AAAGACUAAGCCGCAGCUCUCCAAGUCCUGGAUUUGACCUUCUUUUGAGUCAUUCUUCCUAUUUUCAUCUCCCGGUCAUGACACACAAGCUGGGCCUGCUCGUCCUGCUCUUGUCGCUGGCGUGCGCCGUUGCACCCGCCGCUGCGCUCGUCUACGAAGCGUGGGCCGUCGACCCCGUCUCCGUCGAGAACCUUGCCUUCAUUGUGUCCGACCAGAAGCCCCUCGCGCCCGGCGGCGUGAGCGUCGACUCUCCCGUCGCCGUCAUCAAUGUCACGAGCUUUGAGGGCGGCUCCAACCAGACCAAGUGCACGGGUGCCCAGCUCAGCACUGGCAUCACUGUGGCCAUGAAGCCUACCGCGACUGCGUUCUCGCCAUUGCUGCGCAUUCAAAGCCACGAUGAUUCUGGAUUCCAUACCCUGAGCGUUGGCCUGCUCGGCAUUAACAUUCCGCUGAACUUUUCGCUUCAGCAGUUGUCACCUUCUGCGCCAGCCAUCUUCUACCCUGGCCAGACGUACAAUGUCAAUCUGAGCUUUGAAAACACCCCGAUCGACACCCCUGUUGGCGUCAAGCCCGUGUGUGUCAACCUCAACGAGCACCAGAUUGUGGCCAAAGUCACAUCGCUCCAAGUCGGCUGGCUGUACUUUGACAUGGUGCAGACACUCAACACGCCCUUCUAUCUGAACGUGAUUCAGCCUGGCGCGACCGAGGCGCAGGAUGUGGUGGUUGCUUCGAUCAAAAUCUGCAUGGUUGCCAACCAGUGCUCUUGAAGUGUGUUGAAGCGCGUUGGCGUGAUUAUUAAAGCAGCAGCUCUUUCUUCUGUGAAAUUGUUUCACAAACAAUCCACCAAGGGCCAG